AUGAAGGUCCUUGCUAAAACUGUUGAUGAUCUCAUGACUUCUUUUCUUGUCUCUGAUCUUUGCAGGCAGGCUAAAUGGAUGAAGAUUCUAGUGGGGUUGCUUGAUCUUCUCCUUGCUCAUGCUAAGAAGAUAAAGAUAAGGCAAGACAGCAGUACGGGAAGAUAUAGUUGUGGAGAAGCUGAAGCUGCUGCUGCUGCUGCUACUUAUCCCUCAUGUUCUUCUUCUCAACUGAAUAGUAGUGAUGAGAGGGGUUCCCAGCUUCCCAAUAAUACUAUUAAUAAGCUUCCUCCUCCUAAUUUGUCAGAGGUAGUAGUAGUAGAUCUGCCAAACCCAAACCCAAACCCAUCUCUUGAUCAUCAUACCCCACUUCCUCAUUUCUCCAUAAGAGAUUAUGUAUUUAAAGCCAGGAGCAAGGAUAUCAAGAAUAGCUGGCCUUUUUCUCUAAAAAAUUUUCAACUUUGUGUGAAACAUGGCGUGAAGGACGUGUUGCCGCAAUUUCAACCUCUUAAUACUGUAAGAAACGAGUCCUUAAGGAGAUGUACGGGCGAAACCGGUUUAUUAGUUGAGCAGCAAAACAUCAGCGAAAGAAGCAAUUUUGACAAGGAGACUUCUACGCCAGACAAUCAUGUGCUGCUAGACUCAUCUGACGAUGCUCCAUUGAAUACCAAGCUAGUAGAAUCUUGUGUAGACGUUAGUUCAUGUAGAUCUGGAGAAGGAAAUGAUUUCCCUUCGACCACAACAAGCGAGAUAGACUCAGUUCCUGAUAGCAGGCAACCUAGAUCCCCAUUAGAAACUCAGACUUUGGUCAAAGCCGCAGUUGAAGUUGAAGCUCCUGUGACCCAGAAGACUGAAAGCACCUCCAGGCCAUUGGCUAAGAAGUGCAGGCUGAUUGUGAAAUUUGGUGGCAACUCUGAUCGUAGCUCGGCUGAAGAUAUUGCUUCUAAUUGUACUACUGUAUCAGAAACAAUGGCUUCAAAAGUUUGCCCUGUUUGCAAAACUUUCUCAUCGUCAUCAAACACAACCUUGAAUGCUCACAUUGAUCAGUGCCUUUCUGUAGAAUCAACACCCAAGUGGACAGCUGAUUCUAAGCUAACAAGGUAUAGAAUUAAGCCGAGGAAGAACCGCUUGAUGGUGGAUAUUUAUGCUACAGCUCAAUAUUGCACGUUAGAAGAGCUUGAUCGAAGAAAUGGUACGAACUGGGCCACCAUGUCAAGCUUGCCUGGGCAAGAGACUGAGAAGAGUGAUACACCUAAUGAAGGGAAAAAGCAAAGGGUGUCUCCAAUUCAUCCUGAGGAUGCUGGUGACGUAGGUCCGGUUUAUAUUGAUGCAGAUGGCACCAAAGUUAGGAUUUUAUCACAGUUUAAUGAUACAUCAACAGUAGCAAAAGUUAGCGAGGAUAUUGGAGCAAGAAGAGAGGAUGUUGGAGCAAAGAAAUCUUUGAAAGGAGGCAAAGCAAGCAAAUACAUCUCAAAGAAAAAGAAAAAAGGUUUAUCACAAAAGCAUCAGAAGUAUCUAAAACUUGCUUCUCAGGGCAAAAAAGUUUUCUUCCACAAAGCGCCUGCUUCUCAGUUAGUUUACCCGUUGUGUUCUAAUGCCAUUGAGAAGCUUAAUCAUGUUAUGUUUUGGGGCGAAAUUCAUCUUGGAUGCUUCAGAGGUCAAGAAGAAUUUAAUGGAGAGGAAAAAAUUUGUGAGAAAGAACAUCAGAUGUUGAAGCAAAUCAAUCCCAGUGAUGGUGGGACAUUAAGACCAUGGGUUUGCUCCAAACGAAGAGGUUUUCCAAAGAAGAUUUCAACUCAAGAGGGUGAUCAACCUGUCAGAUGUAAGUGGAAUUUGGCUCAGGACUUGCUGGUUGAGAAUGAUCAAUCAUUCACGGGUGAUCAUCUUUCAGAGAGGAGCUGCACACAGAAAUCUGUCAUUUUGUCUGAUAAUCCAAUAUCUUCGCCUAGAAACAGUGAGAGGAUGGAGAAACCAUUUCUUAAGGACCAGGUUAACGAGAGGAGGGAGCACUCUUCUGGAAGAAAGACAGUAGGGAAUCUCCUGAUGGGAGACAGGAUUAGUGGCAAAGGGGAUAAGUUGUUUCCACCAAUGAAACGGAAUGCCAAUCAGUUGAGCAAAGAUGGCACUUCUAUCCGUGAUAGCUGUUUGCUGAGACCUCCAAACUCUCCCAGGAAUAGCGUCUCUUCACUAACCAAGAAGAAGGUCCAUACUGAUGCUGAUACAAGUAAUAAUUCAGAUGUCUCUCCCAUUGCUAGCACAAAAUCAUCCCGGAGUUCUCAUGCAGUUGUAAAGAGAUUCUCCUCCUUUAGGAAAAGUGUACUGUCUGUCAGCAGCCAAUCUUCUGAGACUGAAUCCAGGCCAAGCAAAGUUAAGAGAUGGUCAACCCUUGACAAUUCGCAAGAGCCUUUUACGUCAGAAAUAGAUGAAGAGGCAGUGGGUAGGCAUUCGGAUGUUGAUGAACAGGAUGAUUUGAUGCAGGAUCAGACAGAAAAUCUACAUGAAAGGGAAGAAAUAAUUGAUGAGGUGUCUCUCGGUGGAAGCCCUGUCCAUGAAGCUAGGCAAGAAAAAAGAUUGUCAUGUAGUUCUGAAAGGCUGGAAACCUUGACUUCGAGGAGCUCAAAAUCUGCACCUCACUAUGGUCUUGUUGAGGGGAUAAAUGUAGAUUCUUCAGCUAGAGUUGAUGAUGGUUAUUUACACAAAGUUGAGUCCCUAGAAUCUACUGGAACAGAAGUUCCAAUCCAUGAGGACAUUGUUGUUGAAGCAUCUUCCAAGACUUUGGAUGGGAGGAGGAGUGCCACUGAUAUGAGUAAAUCUGUCAACACUGAAUUUUACGAGCUGGGUAUUCCUUCAAAGGUCCAAUCAAUUCAGUCUAUUGAAGAUUAUGAAGGACUUUUAAGUCGAAGCGAUGGAUCAACUGGUCCAACUGAGCCAGGUUUUGUCCAUGACCGAGGGAUGUUUUCUGCUGCUGAAGCUGGCCAUGGCAUGAUGUGCCAAAAUGCUGGCAUGGGGGUGGAAUUGGAUUCUGAAGCUGCGAAAGUAGACUCUUUUCCUGAGGUUGAUCCCAUUCCAAUUCCAGGACCACCAGGGUCAUUUUUGCCAAGUCCUAGAGAUAUGGGCUCUGAAGAUUUUCAAGGGAACUCUUCAUUGACUACUAGCCGGGUUCAGUCUUCUCCAGAUCAACAUGAUGUGAUUGACGGAGAUUCAUCAGACUCCCCUCUAUCUGCAGCUUCGACCAUCUCUAACUCCAUGGCUGGUAGAUCUGAUUUCAAUUAUUCGGAACCACCAUCAUCAGCUGGACAUUAUGUUUUUCAAGACAAGAUUAGGUCAGGCUUAGUGUCUUCUGGAAUCGAGCCUUUGGCACACAAUGCUAGUGCAGUUCCACAGGCAGCAACUAUGGGCGUGGAAAGAGCUACUUUUUCUGGACAGUACUUGAAACUAGAUAGGAUAUCUACUGAGAAGGAAUCUUUUGGCCAAAAAAAUGAUCAGCCAUGCUGUUGCCAAAGAAAGGAGAGAUUUGUUGAGAGUAUUGCUCCAAAUCACCAAGAAUCACAGCUACUAAGGCGGCGGAAAGUGGCAUCAAUGACAAUUCCUUCUGUUGGCAAGCAAAUGGGUUGCAAUUCAAACCCAACACCAAUUAAUUUGGACAUCAGGCCUGAAUUAGUUCCUCUGAACAAUUACUCAGCUUCAGGAUCUGAAAAACCCCUCAUCAAGCCCCCCGCAGAUCCUAUUCUUUUGAAGGAGUCUCCCAAUAAUUCUGGAGUGAGGUUCUUGGCUCGUGCAGAUGGUGAUUCUGCUAGUCCAUCUGCUUCUAAUCCUAUACUCAGGCUGAUGGGGAAGAACUUAAUGGUGGUCAACAAAGAUGAUAAUGCACCCAUGGCAAUUGGGCAGGUCCAAGCUUGUGCUCAAAAUAUCAAUCAAACUUCUCCCUUUCCGACAAUCUCUCAAGUGUCUCCUGGCAAUAUUCAGAAUAAGGACAGUCAUUCAUUUCAUCGCAUUACCCCUCAAGGUUCUGUCAUCUUUAGUCGGGAUCCAUACAAGACAGCAGCUCAACGUUUUGAUGUUGGGUUGUCCAACAGUUUUGGAAGCCACACUGAUUCGAAGCUACCCCGAGCACCAUCACAGUUACCAGCAGGCAUGUUUUGUGACCAACAUAGUGAUGGUGGUUUUGCAACAUCCAUGAAGCUUCGACAGUGCAAAGAUGAUUACAAUUUUGCAAGUUCGCAGAACAGGCUAAAGAGAAGAUUAAAUGCCUUUCCUAUGUGCACCGUGCAGAAAGCUACAGAAGUUCCUGACCGCCAGUGCAAGCCUGCAGAUUCAUCUGCUCAUCCCGUAAAAGAAAUCAUCAUCAUUGAUGAUGUUCCUGAAAGUCAAACUGUGGGGAUCACUGACAUUACAAAAUACAACGAAGGCUGGAGGGAAAGACAAGUGGUUUCAUCUGGCAUCUCACUACCAACCACCCCGAAUUAUAAUGCAAGUACCGUGAAUCCCUAUACUUGUUAUCAGUCACAAGACCACCCUCCACUUGGUGGAACACCGGUGUUGCACAAUGGCAACUUUCAUGCAACCGCCACCAGGCUAGUUAGUACGAGUCCUGUUGUGUUGCAACGGAAUCCUUUUGUGACUGCAUCAAACUCAUCUGGUCAUCUAAGAUCUGCAUCGCUGUAUUAUUCUCCAAGCCUUUCAUAG